CUGAUUACGACUUCGGAGAUUCAGUUAUUGAAGGCGGUAGCAAAUUCAUUUUCGUUUAAACUUAAUGCAGCAAGUUAUUUGUUCCUUUUUUUUUCUAGUAGAAUAAUGCAUUAUCUUAGUUCGCAUGUUGAGAAUUUUUUAUAAAUUUGCUAUUGUGCCCAAGAUUUUAUUUAAUAUACGUUCAGUGUGUAUGAAGAUGACGAAAAAUACUGAACAAAUUAGAACUGGUAAGAUUGCCUGCACGAAUAAAGAAUUGGGCCUCGCAAUUACUUUGAAUGGUGGACAAAGUUUCAGAUGGCUGGCACAUAAAGGUGGUGAGGAAUUUAGAGGAGUGUUUGCAGGACAUGUUUGGACUCUCUCUCAAGAUGAAAAUUACAUUACUUAUACAGUUCAUGGUCCAGUGAAGGAAGACAUAAAUUAUGAAACAAUACUUUGGGAGUAUUUUCGUCUUGAAUUUUCUUUGGAAGAAAACCUGAUCAAAUGGUCAGCUUCAGAUAAGAAUUUUAAAAAAUCUUGUAAAACUGUGGAAGGAGUUAGAAUUUUAAAACAAGAUCCUGUUGAGAACAUCUUUUGUUUUAUAUGCAGUUCAAAUAACAAUAUUAUCCGUAUAUCAAGCAUGGUAGAAAAAUUGUGUCGUUUCUUUGGCAAGAAAUUAUGCGAAGUUGAUGGUAAAGAGUAUUAUGAUUUUCCCACUAUAGAAUCUUUAACAAAUGAAAAAGUUGAGUUAACUUUAAGAAAGGAAAACUUUGGAUACCGUGCUGCUUACAUAGCAAAUACUGCCAAACGACUAAUGGAAGUAGGUGGUCGAAAAUGGUUAAUGCAAUUGUGUAAAGCAAAUAAUAUUUCCUAUACUGAUGCCAGAGAACAGCUUUUAUCACUGCCAGGAGUUGGACCAAAGGUUGCAGAUUGUGUUUGUCUAAUGUCACUUGGUCAUUUAGAAGCUAUUCCAGUAGAUACUCAUAUUUUUCAAGUGGCACAAGCAAACUACUUACCUCACCUGGGAAAGCAAAAAACUGUCACACCCAAGAUACACAAAGAAGUAAGCGAUCAUUUGCGACAACUAUGGGGCCCAUUAGCAGGUUGGGCUCAAGCUGUUGUAUUUUGUGCUAAAAUAAAUAGCGAAUCCCGUACUUUAACUGGACACAAGCGUGGGAAUUCUGAGACGAAUAGUGUCAAAAGAAAAAGUAAACAAAAGUGAUAUUAAAAUAAUUUUUAAUCUUUAUAUUGUUCAAGGUUCGCACGUUGUAUUACAUUUUUUAUCAAAUAAAAUUACACCAACAUAA